UCCUCAAAGAGACAACACCGCCUCAACCAAUCACAGGAGGGGGAUCCCACAGUCUUAUUUGCAUGAGUUGCGUGUAAGUACAGUCGCUCACACCCUUCUAUAUCAUUUCGAGAUUAUCAAGAGGAAGAAAUGCCUGAGCCAGCAAAGACCGCCCCUAAGAAGGGCUCCAAGAAGGGUGCAACCAAGGGUGCCAGCAAAGGAGGCAGCAAGAGGAGAAGGCCCAGGAGGGAGAGUUAUGCCAUCUACGUGUACAAGGUGCUGAAGCAGGUCCAUCCUGACACCGGCAUCUCGUCCAAGGCCAUGGGCAUCAUGAACUCCUUCGUGAGUGACAUCUUUGAGCGUAUUGCAGGUGAGGCGUCUCGUCUGGCUCAGUACAACAAGCGUUCCACCAUCAUCUCCAGGGAGAUCCAGACCGCUGUGCGCCUCCUGCUCCCCGGGGAGUUGGCCAAGCACGCAGUGUCUGAAGGCACCAAGGCUGUGACCAAGUACACCAGCUCCAAGUAAACGGCUCAACUGUUGAAUGGAAACCAACCCAACGGCUCUUUUAAGAGCCACCCACUUCCUCUGGAGAGCAGACAGUUCAUGGUAUGAACUUCCUUUAUACAGGAUGAUUAAUGCUUUACAUAACUGUACAUCUGUACUAAUUUAUUGCUAAUGUAUUACUUUUUAUUUAGCUUCAGUUCUCUAUAGUUGCAUUUCAAAAAAAAUUGCUUUGUUUUAGUAUUUCUCAAAGUUGUCAGAAUUUUUCAGUGGUGACAUACAAGCAAAUAUUGGACCGUACUUUUUACUUUAUUAUUUGAAAUUAGUCAGUAGAAUCAGGUUACUGCAAUAAAAGGUCAAUUAAUACUUAAUGUAUGUUAAUAAAAUAUAUUUGUAUAUCACAAUAAAACAAUAAAACACACAGGAAUUGCCUUGUAAAAACAUUGGGUAA